AUGCCUCCCAAGCGCAAGAGGAACGACGUGAGCGAAGGAGCUGGGCGUCCAUCCCCACAUCGCCCAUCCGACACAAACAUGGCUCAGCAAGAAAGGGACAACUCAGAUAACCGCCGCCGAUCUGGCGCUGGUGGCCGCAACGGUAGAGGGCGAAACAAUGAACGGCGAUCUUCUUUCAACAAUUCCAACAACUCCAACAAUCGUGGCCCCAUCUCACCAACCUCAACACGGCCUCCCAGCUCCUCGUCCCAGAUUUCGCAUCCGGCCCCCAGUCAGCCUACCCCAACGAUAGCAGCAAACACAGUAGCCCAGUUGCCUCAACAACGUUUGGCGCCUCUACCGACCAAGUACAGUUACGCCGUGCUGACCGAUGCACGACUCGAAACUUGGCAACAAUCCGGACGCCAGGAAGUUGUGCAGCAUGGUAUUGCGUCGAGAGAUGACGAAGACAUUGAGGAGGUGUCGACGAUAUCUCAGGAAUUCGCUCGAGCUGUGCUUGAGCAUCGCCUUGACCCUGUCGAUGCCGGUGCCUGCAUGAAGGAGAUCCUCGGCCCAGACCCCGAAAACGAAGACGAUCGAACAAGUUGUGAGUUUGAUGCUCAUAGCUUGUUCGCAGAUAGUAUCUCUGUCUUCGUCGACACUGGUGGCGAGCAUGAUCGUAACAAAGGUAUCAUCAACCCCCUACUUACAGCAGACUUCCGGGAUUUUGUGUUUGCGACUGGAAUAUCUGCCAAGUUGCUACGACAAGUCUUGGACGUCCAAGUCGUGGAAGAACUGGGCCUGACCAAGGGGACCUUCUCCAAGAUGCGAACGCGCCACGCCACAAACUCGCUCUAUCGACAGUCCAACUACAAUCUACUACGUGAGGAGUCGGAAGGUUUUGCCAAACUCAUCACAGAGCUUUACUCGACAGCUCACGCCAUGAAUCAGGAACAACUCACAAAGGAACAGGUAGAGGCUGGUUUUGAACGUGUCAAGGGUCUCAUUGGCACCUUUGACCUUGAUGUUGGACGAGUAUUGGACAUUGUCUUUGAUGUCUUCGCCUCAACCAUGAUGAGAACAUACCGCUAUUUCACCAUGUUUUUAAGAGUCAGUUCCUGGUGGCCUCGAGAGCAGAGUAUCCGAUAUGAUCCUGUGCGGACCGGGGGCCUGCCGAGAUGGGCCUUGCCAGGAGCUGCGUUUCUCCCCAGUCCCGAGGAACAGGUCAUCAUGGACGAACAACGACAAACGCGCGAUGUAGCCUUCUGGGACAGAGCUCGUGAAAUUCAUCUUGAUGCAUUCUUCGAGCUCGGAGGCCGGCGAGCCGGUGAAACGGAACUCGAGGCAUUUUCUGUUUCCGCAAAGUCUGCCACAUCCAAAGAUUACUCAAUCGACCCCGUUGAGUGGGUUGAGACCACAAAGACGUUGCCGCCGUCUGGAAAUCGGGUUGCUGCACAGCUAUAUGGGUUCAAACUUCAAUACUUCAUCUCCCAGGCUCGCGACAAGGAAGACACCGUACCAGCCAAUCUCUUUUUCCUGGCUGCAUACCUCAUCAAGAUUGGAUUCAUCUCUCUGCCGGACUUGUAUGCACACAUCUGGCCUGACGACGACAAGAUGGACGACGUGAAAGAGAAGCGAGCCCAAGAACUCGAGGAAAAGGAGAAGAAAGACAGGCAAGGUGCUGAGCCCAAUGCGCUGCUGAAAGCGGGAGCAUUACCGGACGACACUGCUACGACAGCUCCCACAACACGCACGCGUGAGGCAACUGCUACCAAAUCUGAUGCCAAUCAGAAAGACACACCCGGCAAUGAUAACACACCGAGCGAAACUCUUCCAGAGCCCAAGGAAGUUCUCAAGGUUGACUUGUUAAACCACCUUCUACUCGUGGGCGCCAUUCCAGAGGCUCUCUUCAUUCUUGGUCGCAUCAACUGGCUGACUGACGCCUACCCCGACGAAGUCAUUGCGCCCAUCAACAGGAUUCUUCUGUACUCUAUCGAUAAAGUAUACCGGGAGACUCUCCCCAAGCCGGCGGAUUCUACUAUUGUCGAUGUGGCAAAGAAAGACCUUGCUCCGGAUCACGCCAUGCCCAAAGGCACUCUGAAACUGAUCGACCGACCGCUGCCCAAAGCCUUGAAGUGGCCAUUUGCUGAUGGAAGUGCAAAGAAUGUUCGCUACGAGCACUACUUGAAAGAAUGGACAGACAAUGUGCCGAUAUGCCAAACGGUCGACGACGUUUUCACAUUGUGUGGUACACUUCUCAAUGUCUCUGGCGUUCAGAUUGGCAAGUCUCACACUCUCCUCAAGAAGUUGGCCGCAAUUGGUGCCAAGAGCCUUGGGGAGGACAAAUCACCGCGGAACCUUGACAGAUGGCGCGAUCUGCUCAAGCGAACCAUAUUCCCUGCACUGAACCUGACUACCAGUAACGUUGAUGUGGUCAACUCCGUGUGGAGUCUUCUUAGAUACUUCCCUGUGGACGUACGAUACAACAUGUACGCAGAGUGCUACGAAGGUUCGAUCUCCAGGCUCCCCGCAAUGGCGAAAGCUUUCAAGUAUGCGCGGCUCGAUACCUUGUCCGUACUGAAGCGUCUCUCCAAAGAGAAUCUUGCCAAGUCUGCCAAGUCCAUGGCCAAGGUGGCGCUAUUCUCCCCUGGAGUCGUCUGCAAAGUUGCUCUGGACCAGAUUGAGGCGUAUAGCAAUCUCAUCGAGGCAUUCGUCGAGUGUACUCGUUAUUUCACGGAUCUGGGAUACGACGUGCUUGUUUGGUCGCUGAUGAGCUCCCUGGGUGGCAAGCAGCGAAGCAGAACCCAAGAAGGAUCUGUUCUUCUUACCAGCAGAUGGCUGCAGGCUCUGUCCAAGUUCUCUGGCAAGGUCUUUCGUCGUUACUCCAACAUGGAUCCUACGCCCGUCAUCCAAUAUGUCAAUGACCAACUUGCCCGAGGCAACUCAACUGACCUCAUCAUUCUCAGAGAGUUCAUCACGUCCAUGGGUGGUAUUGUGUCGGAUGUUGACUUCACAGAUACCCAACUUGCUGCCCUGACUGGAGGAGAGGAGUUACGGAAGCAAACAUUUAUCAACCUCGGCGAUAAGCGCUUUGAGUCUGGGAAAAGUGCAUCGCGUCUUAUGCAAGCUCUAGUUCACACCAAGCUUGCGCCCCGCCUCUUGACAAAUAUCGCACAGUACAGGCAAUCUGCCAUCUACAACCUCCCGGAAGAUGAGACACACAUCAAAUAUCUUGCAACAGUCAUUGACGACUCUCAGCAAGCACUUGUGCAAUUUGUUGAACUGCUCAGAAGCAACCUGACGCCUGAACAGUUUGAUGAGCUUGUUCCUAGCAUUCCUCGUUUGCUGAAAGAUUUUGGCAUGGAUCCCAGUCUCGCCUUCUUGAUUGGCCGUGUCAGUUUGGCGUACUACCUAACUGGCCCGGGCGCUACUGCCGCCAAAGGUAUGAGGCUCAUGGGCUCCAACGAAGCUGUCCCGGAUGCUGAGGGCGACGUAACCAUGGAUGGCAAAGAGGCAGAUUCUACCUCGCCGCCAUCAGCUUCAACCGCCGGCACCGACGAUGCUAUGGCGGUCGACGAACCUGAAUCUAACGGUACUCCUUCUGCCGAGGGACCACAAGCUACAAUGAAUGCACGUAGGCCUAAUCAUUUUUCUGAGGUCCUUCGCCCUAUUGUCAGCGCAGUCCAGGAACUUCUACCUCCCACCAUCUGGGAACUCAUCAGCCCUGACUUCUAUGUCCUCUUCUGGUCGUUACAAACCAGUGACCUUGGUAUUCCGGCAAGCAGUUAUAAUGCCGAGUCACUUCGUCUACAGAAGGAGCAGGAUUUUAUUAAGAAGGACCGAAGCGACAUGAGCAGGCUCGGUCGUGCAAAGGCGGAACAGCGUAAGGCGGAAAUCACUCAGCUUGCAUCAAAGUUGGGCUCAGAGGCUACCCAGUGCCAAGAAAGGGUUAGCAAGACAAAGAUGUUGCUUCUGAAAUCGGCUCCGUCUUGGAUGCCCGCUUCUAUGUCGACGUCGCCUGAAGCAGCGGAUAUCCUGAUUGAAGACUGUAUCAUGCCGCGAGUCAUGCUCGGCCCCAGUGAUGCAGACUUUUCUUUCAGAAUGAUCAAAUUUAUGCACGACAAUCAGGUUGCAAACUUCAACAUCAUGGUUUUGUAUGACCGCCUGUUCACUGUCAACAGAUUAAGGUCCCUGAUCUUUGGCUGUACGGUACGAGAAGCCGAAUUUCUAGGACGUUUGAUCAAGCACACCCUUGGAGACUUGUCACGAUGGCACAAGAGCAAAGAUGUCUUUGAGAAAGAAGCCACCCGACACGGAAAACAUCCAGCAUUCGCUGCUGCUUCUGUGAAUGGCAAAGAUGCCCCAACAUCCAUGGACCAUGGUCACUUCAAAGAUCAACUUUGGUCGUGGCAUCGCAACCUGGCCGCAACUUUGAAAGCCUGUCUUCAAGGGACAGAGUGGCUUCACAUUCGUAACGCAAUUACGGUGCUCAAGGCAAUUCUGGAUUACUUCCCGGCUGUAACAUUCCAUGGCAAGCAGUUCCUUCAAACUUUGCAGCAGAUCGCUCAACGCGAAGCUGCGACGAAAAAUGAUGAUGACGGGCAGAAUCACCGUGUUGAUCUCUCCGUCACGGCGAAUACUGCAGCAUCCGCUCUGAAGAGAUUUGAAUCCAAAUGGGUGAUAGUGCAGUCGUUCCGCCCAAAUCUGGCCGGUGACUCUACCGACGACAAAGCGGCUGAGGCUGUCAAGAACUCAAAGCAGUCUCAACUUCGGCCAGGUGCAGCAGAAUUCAGACCCCAGCAAUCUGGAGGCAGCACUACUCGAGGCAAGACCACCGCUGAUGAUGAGGACGGCGAGGUCCAGGACAGCAAAGGCCUUGCUGCGUCUGCCGCUACAGCAGGUGCUAACAGAAAGGACUCCGAGACCGAUUCGCCAGCCAAUGUCCAGAGACCGAGUGCUCUUCCACUUCGAUCUGAGCUUGGGAAAAACUCGAGCCGCCAGUCGACGCCACCAGUUCGAUCAAGCAACCCGAGCCCGGCCCCCAAUGGUGGUCGCCGUGAAGCUUCCAAGCUAUCUGGCUUGGCUUCGUUGCCACCUCCACCAGGAUUACCAAGCAGACCAGAUGUACCUAUCCCGGGGCAUUUCAACCAAGAUGAGCGCGGUCAUAUUCGCAUGUCGGAGCUUAAUCAUGCACGCGAUGCUCGAGAUCAAAGAGAACCUCGAACACAUAGGGAGCCGCGGGAGUCGAGAGAAGUCCGGGAGGGCAGAGAAAGUCGCCCCACAGAGGCUGCAAGAUCAUCGCGUGGAAGAGAAUCAUACGGCACUGAUCGGCGCUCCGGCGAGAUGCCCUCGAAGGAGCCCAGUCGUUCCGAACGUGAUCGAUCCAUGCGAUCGGAAUCGUCAACUCGCUGGGACCCCUCGGCAGGUGAAAGGGAUACUCGACACUCUAGAGACCGUGCAUCCUCAGCUACCGGUGCGCGCACUGGUGAUUCAAGCCGCCCUCCUCGAGAUCCACAAGCGGACACACACGCGAUGCCACCCCCUGCUCAGCCCGACGGCCAGGGACCGACGGUCAACCCGGAACGUGCACGCCUGAUCAACGCUAGCGACGACGGCAAAAGAUCAAGCAAUGCAUCUUCAGAGAUUAUGAACCCUGCUCGAGCAGCCAUCAUCAACGACAGUCGAGCAAGUGGUCGGUCCCGAGAUGACAGCCGCGAACGUGGUGGCCGUCCGUCCUCGCCCUCACGCAGAGAAAAGCAAGAGUCUAGGUCGAGUGACGCAACCCGUGAGGAACGUGGCGACAGGCACCGCUUCGAUCAAAGUCGUACAAAUCGCAACGAGCCUUCUGUCCCAUCUGGGCCCAGAGGUGAACGUGACCUUGACCGGUCGGGUUCGGACCGACGUGAUCACAACCCAUUUGCUGGCUCGGGAGGCUCGCGCGGCGAUGCUGAACAUGUCAAGUCGAGUCAGCAAGAUCCCAAUUAUGGUCGUCUCAACGCCGUACCGUCAGUGGUGGACACAACCAGCGCUCCGGAUGCUCCUCGUGGCCGAGGUCGCAACAUGGCUCGCGGUCCGCAGUCAUCGAGUCAGCCUCCAGCGCGCUCGGAUCAAAGGCAUUCAAAUGCCGAACACGGCAGGGGACAGUCGCCAGACAGGGGCAUGCCACCUUCAGGACCAGCUUCGUCUAGAGGACGUCGCAAUCCUAUGCACCCUCCGAAUAAUCCCUCGGCCAGCAAUGCGACUCCCGUCGGUUCUUCUGCACCUGGUAUCCACCCAGACCGCCUUCGACACUUGAACACUGGCCCAGGCUCCAACACGAAUUCAUCUCAGGCGCCUUUUCCCCCGAGCGCUAACUCGGUUGCCGUGCAUCCUGAUAGGCUUGGCCGCAUUGACGCCAACCCCCCUUCGGGCCCUGCUCAACAAAGACAUGCACAACUGCCUCCAUUGCAGACCCCCGAGAGGCCACAAAUCCCCACUGGCCCAGGCAAUCGUCAGCCUUCUGGAAGCUUGCCACCCACACCUAGCGAUAGAGGAACUCCCAUAUCAGCACCGACUGGCCCCUCAGCUCCUAAUGAUCGCUCGAGGGGUGGAAGUAGACGGCAAAUCGCGGGCAUCAACAACUUGCUUCAGGGUUCCCAGGGGUCUGCCCCUGAAUCGGUCAGUCGCAGUGGUAGCCUUCGUGGGAGAAGCUCGCGCACGAAUUUAGCUGGCUCUGAUGCCCAGGUACUUACGGGAGCAUCACCUGUGUCCACUCCAGUACAGGAGAAGCCAGACUUGAUCCCAGGAUCCGGAAGAGGCGGCGCAAAUGGAGAAGAAAGGGGAAGUCGUAGCGAGCGCAGCAGUCGACGACAUCAUGAACAUGGAGAGCGGGCACGUUCGUCGCGUCACACAAGCCGUGAGCGUAGUCCUGGUCGCGAUCGGAACAAAGAGCAUCGCGAGUUUCGGGAGCGUGACCCGGGCACUACCGCUUCCGGCAACCAGCAACGAGAGGGUGAGAGGGAAUCUCGACGUUCUGGCAGAGAAGCCUCCGGUACCGGAGCUAAUAACCGCGGCGCAGAGGCUGCGGGAAGCGGCAGGGGAGACGGUAUACGUGAAUCACGUCACAACGACAACAGGGGCGCUGGCCGACAUGAGGACCAUGGUCGAGGCGGAAGUGGAGGAAGGGGCUCAGGUGCCAACAACGCUGGUCAAGCAAUGGGAGCAUCACGAGGGGAUGAGCAGCGCCUUAGGGAACCGAGGAACGAAGAUGGGGGGCGAGGUAGUCGCAAGCGCCGUAGCGAGGAGGGCGGCUAUGCGGGACCGCCGUCAGAGGGCCACAAGAGACCGAGACACCAUCGAUAG